AGAAAACUCGGACUUUUGUGAUCUCAUUCCCUCCCAAGUCUCCGCGAACUCCCACUCAUCUCCAACAAUGGCCGCUGCUCCAUCCAUUUCCCUUUCAAUUUUCCUCUUCCUUUCCCUCCAUUUCACUUCUUCCUUCUCCAAAAUCCCCCUUCCCUUCCAUUCUUCGCUUCUCCUUCGCCCUCAGACUCCCCCAAUCGAUCCCCUCCUCCCCUACCAGACCGGCUUCUUCACUCAGAUCCUCGACCACUUCAACUUCAAUCCCCAAAGCUACCAAUACUUUCAACAAAGAUAUCUCAUCAACGAUACCUAUUGGGGCGGCGCUGCCCACAAUUCUCCCAUCUUCGUUUACACCGGCAACGAAGGUAAUAUCGAAUGGUUUGCACAGAACACCGGUUUUCUUCUCCAAUCCGCUCCACGUUUCCGUGCACUCGUCGUUUUCAUCGAGCAUAGGUUUUACGGGAAAUCGAUUCCGUUUGGGGGAGAUGAAGAUGUGGCUAACAGUAAUUCCAGUACGCUUGGAUGUUUGAGCUCUACUCAGGCGUUGGCGGAUUAUGCUACUCUCAUUACCGAUUUGAAGAAGAAUUUGUCGGCGGUUGAUUCUCCGGUUCUGGUCUUUGGUGGCUCUUAUGGAGGAAUGCUGGCAGCAUGGUUUAGAUUGAAAUACCCCCACAUUGCCACGGGAGCUUUAGCAUCAUCUGCUCCCAUUCUCCAGUUUGAAAAUAUUACUUCUCCCUAUGCCUUCUCCAACAUCGUCACCCAAGAUUUCAAGAGUGAGAGUCAGAACUGUUACAGGGUGAUUAAAGAGUCAUGGCAUCUGAUUGACAUCACUUCAACCCAUCCACAAGGUCCCCAGUUGCUUCGUAAGUCUUUCAAAUUUUGCAAGGAGGCGGAGGCAGAAUCGAUUAAAAACUGGUUGUCGACGGCAAUAUUGUACACGGCAAUGACCGAUUAUCCCACGCCCUCUAAUUUUUUAAAUCCCUUGCCAGCUUAUCCAGUUAAACAGAUGUGCAAGGCAAUUGACGAUUCAAGGACUGGGAACGACACGUUUGCGAAGUUGUAUGGUGCGGCUAACGUCUAUUAUAACUACACGGGCACCGCUACGUGUUUUGAUCUUGACGAUGAUUCUGAUCCUCACGAUCUUGGAGACUGGACUUGGCAGGCAUGUACGGAAAUGAUAUUGCCAACAGGUGGUAACACAAAAGAAAGCAUAUUUCCUGCCUCAACAUGGCACUUUGCAGAUCGACUCCAUUUUUGCAAAACCUUCUUUGACGUUGAGCCUCGCCGUAUUUGGAUCCCCACACACUUUGGGGGCCAUAAUAUUGAGAGAGUUCUGAAGAGGUUUGGAAGCAACAUAAUCUUCUUCAAUGGCUUGAGAGAUCCUUGGAGUGGUGGAGGGGUGCUCAAAAACAUAUCCUCAACUAUAAUAGCUAUUGUGGCAAAGGAAGGAGCUCAUCAUGUAGACUUGAGAUUCUCAAGUGCUGAAGAUCCAAAAUGGUUGAAAGAUGUGAGACAGCAGGAGCUGAGUAUUAUUGAGGAUUGGCUUUCCCAAUAUUACUUGGACUUGGCCCAAUAUUGAUAUCUUAUCCUGCCCACAUGUUUAUAUAUAGAAGGCCCAAACACGAAGCCCACUCAAAUGAUGGAGGAAAUACGUCCUUUCUACUUCAUUGUUUUUCAAAAUAAUAAAUCAAAGCCAUUCAGGUAAAGAUUCCAAAUGUCUAUUGAAUACUUCCAUGUUUUAAAUGUUUUCUAAAUAAGGAGAUGCUAGCCAAAUAAAUUUAGCUCCACGCUAUAAAAUUUAUAUGAACUUUCAUCUUUGAAGUUAAAAA